AUGACAGAGACAGCAGAAGAAAAAUUCUUGAAACGUCUGGAGCAAUUUCAGGACGAAAUCUCCCGCUUGAAAUCGGGAUACAAGAUCGCUAUAGACAAUGAGCACAAAGACAAGCUAGAGAUCAUGCGGAUCACUUCCAAGGUCAUGCGUACAUGCGAGGCAAUGAGGCUGAUGUGUGGGUCCUUCGGCAGACAGUACCUCGACUCUUCCUGCCUUCCCUCGACUCCCCCUAAGAGGAGAGCAGAAGUCGAUCUGGGUCAGAAGCGAGGAUGCGAGCGAGCUGGGUUGCUGACUGUCAACAGAGGAGUGGUGGAGGUGGAGAUAUUGGAGAUGGAGAUGGAGAUGGAGAUGGAGAUGGAGAUGGAGAUGGAGAUGGAGAUGGAGAUGGAGAUGGAGAUGGAGAUGGAGAUGGAGAUGGAGAUGGAGAUGGAUACGAUGAGGCAGUUUCCAUCGAGGUCAAGCACUCUUAUGCUCAGAAGAAACUGCGAUGGGUUUCUCAGGCCGCUCGCCGACGCUCUGCAUGGGGGAUGGACGGCGUUGGUGCGUUUGGAUCUCGUGGACAAUCAUCUGGAAGACAAGGGGGUAGUCGAGCUCUCGAGGUCUCUUUCAAACUGCAGAGGGUUGACGAGUCUGUGCCUGAACACAAACAACUUCACCGAAGAGGGCGCCACACACAUCGGCAAGUGCCUGCAGUCUCUGUCGGGGUUGAGGAUGUUGAAUCUGAGUCAAAACCCCUUCGGACGAGUCGGUAUGGAACACAUCUGUGACGGUCUAGCCAGCAGCGCUUCGUGUCUCCGCGAGCUCUGUCUCGGGCAGACCAACUUCGGCGAGGAGGGAGCUGAGAAUCUGAGCCGCAAACUUACCCCACCUGAGGGCCAGGAGGGGAUGCUGAAAAACCUUGACCUCUGCUCUUGCAACCUCAAAACAGCUGGACUCUCCGCCCUCCGGCCCCUCCUGCUGGCAAAUCCGAACUUGGAAUCGAUUGGGCUAUCGCGGAAUAACAUCUGUGAGAAAGGAGCGCAAAUACUUGCAGACUGUGUUGGCAGUCGACUGGUCGACUUAUCUCUCUCCUUCAAUGAGAUUGGAGAUGAAGGAAUGAAGCGAUCAAAGAAGAUGGUACACCUGCUUCUGAUCGGCAUCGCACUCGGUCUCGACGGAGCCCAGGAGCUUCUCCCUGUCGUGCUGGAGAUGAAACUCUGCGCUCGCUCUGCAUGUCUCUUAAUCUCUUCGGUCCAAA